AAAAUGUUCCUUAAUUAUGCACUCGUUUUACAAUUGUAUUAUUACCAACCCAAACCAGGGAUGUCCCAGUUUUUUAUUUUGUAUAUUUAUAUUUAAUCUGGUCACCCUAAGUAUAGCACUACUAUUUCCCAGUUUCCUGAACGCAACUCGCUAACGAUGAGUGUCUUUGCGCAUGCGCUGUGUGAGUUCUUCCUGUUUAUAUCUGCUGUUUUACUUCACGGUGAUUUUCCCGAUAAUUAACAUGUUUUGAGAGUAAAUCUGCUUCUGAUGUGAGGCUCGUGGACGCGCAGAGAUGGCGUGCACGGCGGGAUGCACGUUGUUGCUCGUGCUCGUGCUCGCGCUUGGAGCUGCACUGAGAGACACGCACGCGCGGGAGUUCACGGGGGAAGAGAUGGAGACGAUCAGGUCCAGGAUCCGGACCAUGUUUUACCAUGCCUACAACAGUUACCUGGACCAUGCGUUCCCCUACGAUGAGCUCCGCCCCCUCACUUGUGACGGACAGGACACCUGGGGCAGUUUCUCUCUCACUCUAAUUGAUGCGCUGGACACUCUCUUGGUUUUGGGGAACAGGACUGAGUUCCAGAGAGUGGCUUCUUUGCUUCAGGAAACUGUUCACUUUGAUAUUGACGUAAAUGCUUCCGUUUUUGAGACCAACAUCAGAGUGGUGGGGGGUUUGCUCUCCGCUCACCUCCUCUCGGGUCGGGCGGGUCUGGAGUUAGAGCCUGGUUGGCCGUGUUCAGGUCCCUUACUGAGAAUGGCAGAGGACGCAGCCAAGAAACUGCUACCAGCCUUUGAGACCCCCUCUGGGAUGCCGUAUGGGACUGUGAACCUGCUGCGUGGGGUCAGUCCCUCUGAAACCCCUGUCACCUGUACAGCUGGAGUGGGGACAUUCAUCCUGGAGUUUGCGACUCUGAGCAGACUCACUGGGAACCAAACCUACGAGGACCUGGCCCACAAGGCUCUGCAGGCUUUGUGGCAGACCAGGUCCAGCAUUGGACUGGUGGGGAACCACAUAGACGUUGUGACUCAGAAGUGGGUGGCUCAGGAUGCAGGGAUUGGAGCUGGAGUCGACUCAUACUUUGAAUAUUUGGUGAAAGGAUCCAUCCUCCUCCAGGACCCUGGACUACUGCAUAUGUUCCAUGAAUAUGACAAAGCAAUCCAGAACUACACUCGGUUUGAUGAUUGGUACCUGUGGGUCCAGAUGCACAAAGGCACAGUGUCCAUGCCAGUCUUUCAGUCCCUGGAGGCAUUCUGGCCCGGCUUACAGUCUUUGAUUGGAGAUCUGGAAAGUGCAGUGAGGACCUUCCAGAAUUACUAUUCGGUCUGGAGACAGUUUGGAGGUCUUCCAGAGUUCUACAGCAUCCCACAGGGUUAUACUGUGGACAAGAGAGAAGGCUACCCUCUUAGACCAGAGUUGAUAGAAAGUGCCAUGUACUUGUUCCGAGCCACUGGGGAUCACAUGUAUCUGCAGAUGGGCCUGGACGCUCUGGAGUCCAUUGAAAAGAUCAGCCGCACACCGUGUGGAUAUGCCUCGGUGAAAGAUCUGAGGGACCACCAACUGGACAACAGGAUGGAGUCCUUCUUUUUGGCAGAGACCAUUAAAUACCUUUACCUGCUCUUUGACCCCACCCACUUCCUGCAUGGGGGCGGACCAUGGGAAGAAGGGGCCGGGUUUUCUGGAAGGUGUGUGCUUGGGACAGGAGCCUACAUCUUCAAUACUGAGGCCCAUCCCAUCGAUGCUGCUGCUCUGUACUGCUGCCACAGCCACGAGUCUGACCAAUCAGAGAUCAGGAACAUUCUCCUAGGUCAGCCCACUGGCCAAUCAUCUACCAGCCAAUCACACAGCUCAAACCUUAGAUGUCCAGUUCAACCCUUCAGCUCAAGACUUGCAGUUAAGGGACAAGUCUUCACGGAGAACAAUUAAAACACAUGUGGACCAAAACCAAACUGGGACUGAACCAGAGCUAUAAUAAUAUUUAAACAGACUUGGUUGUUUAUAUUUAAAGAUAAUGUGGGUUACAUUUGUUUUAAAUUUAAAUAAAGUCUAUUUUAUUUUUCUUAAACAA